GAAAGGCGCGUGCGUAGGAAGGCCCAGCUCGUGAUGGAGGUCCGUGAGGGAGAUGGUGGAGAAAAUGUGGUGGAGUACUUUCGUAAACAAGGAAGAAUCUCCUCUCAUGAUGCAGUGGAAAUCAUCUGGUAUCAUGCCGCCAACAGAAAGGCACAAAUGGAAGAAGCACUGAAAAGUGAUGCACAUAUGAUUGAGGCAGAUAUUCUUAUUGCGAGCCAGGGGUCACAUAGAGGAGAGCCUAUCAUGGCCCAUCCUCCUGAAACUGACAGUGACAAUACGUUGCAUAAUUGGCUGAGUGAAGUACGGCAAUCAGACAAGGGGAUCAAGUUGGAUUUUAAAAGUUUGUCAGCUGUGGAGCCUGCUAUGAAAAUGCUAAUAUCAAUGAAGGAUCUACUCACACGCCCAGUUUGGAUCAAUGCGGAUAUUCUUCCUGGACCAAACGAAAGCAAAGAUUUUUUACGCAUAGUGACUUCAUACUUGCCACAUGUAACACUGUCUCUUGGUUGGAGAACUGAUUCUUCUUACACCUGGGAGAUGGUGAAGGAGAUGGAGCAAAUUUGUCAGACUCUCAAUCAACCAGUAACAUUCCCAGUUAGAGCAGCAUUGGUUCGUCCAUCCUGGCCACAGCUGUCUUGGUUGGUGGAGCAGUCAGAAAGAUACAGUCUGACUGUGUGGACAACAAGAGAAGAUUUGUAUACUGUGGAAGAUAUGCUGUAUAUCAGGGAAAAUGUUGACAAGUCAAGAAUCUACUUUGAUCUUUUUGAACCUCAAAACAGUAAAUUGAGACAGGCAGUAAAGAUGAAAUUCAAAGACCAGAUUUAAUGUUACUUGUAAAGACAUUGCAUUUAUAUGAUGUAUUUAAUGUAGUUAAAAAGUUCAGGACUCUUCAGAAGGACAUUAAGUGAAAUUUGACAACAAACCACAUCAGACAUUUGGACAGGAAGGAGGAAGAUUUUCAGGAGUUUUUAAAGGAGAGAGAGAGGUGGGAAAAUGUCAGGAACAAUUUGGGUGUUCUGCACAAGUCUAGCU